AGUAUACAAGGAGGAAUACACAAGAGGAUAGGAAAAGGUGCAGCCGACUAUCAACAUCUAACCUUAAAACAAACUUUAAGAUUUUUAGAUUUGUUUGUGCAGAAGGGGAUGAGGAGGAGUUUGGGAGUAUUGUUUAGGUUACGAGGAGCAUCAUCCUUAAUUACUUCUCCGGCAACAGCAAACAGCAGCAAUAUGAGUAGAAACAUCAUGUCUGUGCCGACCUAUCGCUUUGGAGAAAAUGCUGCUAAAUAUAGAGAAGCACGCCUAAAAGGGGAGAUUCUAAAAUCUAAUUGUAGGAAUGCAGACCAGGAUCCUGACAAUCAAUUCGUACAGAAAGGGGAUACUAUUGAUCUUAAUGACCUUCUCUUUACCAAAGAAAGGGAUUACCUCAUCAAAAAUAACAAUCAACAGGUUAAGGCUGAGCACUUCGAAGGCAAGGUUGUAGCUUUGUAUUUUUUGCCAUUGCCACAUCACACUUUUGAUUACAACAUGAUAAAGUGGGAUGCAUCAUUUGUAAUGGAUGAAUACAAAGAGCUACAACAACACAACAAUUUUGAGGUCGUGUUGGUUCCCGUUUCUGGAAAAAGCUCAUUCAAAGAUUCAACUGAUUUUCCUCAAUUUGUUUCUACCGACUAUCAGCAUCAUUUUGAUGUAUUGUUUUCUUACAUGCCUUGGACUGCCAUCCCAGUUUUUGAUGUAGCAUCUAGGGAACGUCUUCAAAAAAGCUUUGGUUUGUCCCAGCGAUACAUUUACUCCCGCCAAAUGCUUGCCAUUGUUGAUCCUAUGGGAAAGGUUUUGCAAUAUGAUGCUUGGAAUAUCUUCUUUGAGUAUGGAGCCUUGGGUUUUCCUUUUAGUGAUGAAAGAAUAGAAUAUCUGAGGGAAGAAGAUGAUGAUGUUAUCAAGCAACCAUCAUUGAAGAAAUUGUUGACUUCCCCUCAGCGUGAUUAUGUCAUUUCAAACAAAGAAGAUCAGGUACCCAUUCACACUUUGGAGGAUAAAGUUGUGGCCUUAUAUUUUUGUACUGGUACAAAGUCUCCGGGCAAUAUUGAGUUUUUUGAAGAACUGAAGUUGGCUUAUAAAGAGCUUGCACAAGUAGGAAACGUGUUUGAGGUUGUGCUAAUUUAUGGCAGAGAGUUUGGGUACUCCAGUGAUUGGCCAAGUGAAGAAUUAUUUUUGGAGGAGCUUAAGGGUAUGCCUUGGUUGGCAUUGCCAUAUCGAGACCCAAGGUGCAAGAAGUUGAAUCGGAUUUUGGAAAUAUCAUCUAGUAAGCAAGAUGCACCUGGUUUUGGCGGCCUUGUAAUGUUUGACCCUCGUGCGGAAUUUAUCGAACCAUUUGGGUCUCACAUCUUUUGCUUGUAUAAGAUUCAUGGGUACCCAUUCACUCGUAGAAGAGUUGCACGGCUAGAGACUGAAAAGGUAAAGGACCUGAAACUGGAGAUGAUAUGUGAACAAAAUAGUGUCCGGAGAAUGAAAGAUGGGGCCCAGGUUCCCUUAUGUCAACUUGCUGGGAAGAGUAUCCUGCUUGUUUUGGAGCAUGAAGAUAGAGACGGUUAUGAGUCGCCAAAUGCUGAUUUCCUUACAAUGUUAAAAAAAUUGUACCGCAAGGCGAAAGGAACUUGUCAUGAGUUUGAAGUAGUUCGUGUCUUACUAGGUAGUGAGGAGUCCGCAACGAGUAAUCAAUUCGUUGGACGAAUGCCUUGGUUGGUGUCACAAGCAAGCGAGUGGAUACAUGCCAACUUAGGCUCCUAUAUCUGGCACAACAAGUCUCUUGAUACACUAGUCUAUUUUCCACUGUUUGCCUUUGAUCAAGAUGGAAAACUUGUCAGGAAAACAAAGUAUCCUACAAUUGACGAUACUUGUUUUCCCUUUACUGGGUAUGAUUUAGAAGAAGAGGCCUUGGCUCAAUUAAAUACUCAAUUUGAGUGGAACUACUGGGACUACAAAGGAGGGAGCAUCUACUCGCACAGUGACUUCAAGAAAAGUGUUGACUUAUCAAGGUUUUUAUUAGGUCGUUAGAUCGAUAAUUGAGUUGUUAUAUUUUUGCAUGCUAUGUAUUUAAGUUGAUAACAGUUCAGCAGUUCAGUUAGCUAAACCAGACUGAGACAUUUAUCAAUUAUUUUGCUAAACUUAUUGGUCAUA